AUGGCUGUACCUCCAAUCUACGCCGACCUGGGAAAGUCCGCCCGGGAUGUUUUCACUAAGGGAUACGGCUUCGGGCUCAUCAAGUUGGACUUAAAAACAAAGUCUGAGAACGGACUGGAAUUCACCAGCACGGGCUCGGCUAACACAGAGACCAACAAAGUGGCUGGCUCUCUGGAGACCAAGUACAAGUGGGCAGAGCACGGGCUGACCUUCACGGAAAAGUGGAACACUGACAACACGUUGGGCACCGAAAUCACCAUCGAAGACCAGAUGGCCAAGGGUCUGAAGCUGACGAUUGACUCUUCCUUCUCGCCAAACACAGGCAAAAAGGGCGGCAAGCUCAAGACUGGCUACAAGCGCGAUCACAUCAACCUGGGCUGCGACGUCAACUACGACAUCAAUGGUACGGCCGUGCACGGCGCCGGCGUAGUGGGCUACGAGGGCUGGCUGGCCGGCUACCAGGUGACCUUCGAGGCCGGUCGCAACCGGAUCACCCAGAGCAACUUUGCCGUUGGGUACAAGACGGACGAGUUCCAACUGCAUACCAACGUAAAUGACGGCACAGAGUUUGGCGGCUCCAUCUACCAGAAGGUGAACGAGCAGCUCGAGACCGCCGUCAAUCUGGCCUGGACCGCCGGCAACAGCAACACCCGCUUUGGGAUCGCUGCCAAGUACCAGAUUGAUCCAGACGCCUCCUUCUCUGCAAAGGUGAACAACUCUAGCCUUAUAGGCCUCGGGUACACUCAGACCCUUAAACCAGGCAUCAAGUUGACGCUGUCCGCCCUCCUCGAUGGCAAGAACGUCAACGUCGGCGGCCACAAGCUGGGACUGGGCCUUGAGUUCCAGGCGUAG